GUUUUAUAUUUUUAUUAUUUUAUUGUUUCCCUUAUACGUGACUUUACCGAAAGAACCAAGAAUAGGAUAUGCAUAAGUUAGUUAAUGAACCUGCCUGUCUAAUUAAUUAUUAACCAUUAGUUAGGAGGUGCUUCCUCUUACCUUAUCAAUAUACAAAAGAAUGAACACAUUCGUGAAAUAUACAAUCGGCGAUGAUUCAGACGUGUUGAAUCUCUCGAGCGCCGUGGGCGGGGUCUCGCGCGCUGGGAAGGUGACGUCACGGGGAGGGGGGGUUCCCCCGCUGGGAAGGAGUUCCCGGACACAGCUGUGGACAGCAGUCGCCACGACCAGCGAGCAGCACAUGGCGCUGUCAGCGCCCCUGCCGAGGAGUCUCCUCUUCCUCCUCCUGCUCUUGCUGCUCGGGGCCAGCUGCCUCCUCCACACGGCCAUGGCAGCGGCACUCCGGGCUCGUGGAGGCAAAGGUGUGUUCUGGCACCUGAGCGACCUGCACCUGGACCCGAGCUACCGGGCGGACGCCGUACCGGAGUCGGUGUGCCGCUCCUCGCGGGGGCUCCCCGUGCGCGACGCGGGCCCCUUCGGCUCACACAUGUGUGAUUCGGCCUGGCGGCUCGUGCAGUCCGCCCUGGAGAACAUGCGCAGCCUCGACCCUGACCCGGACUUCCUCGUGUGGACCGGGGACAGCCCCCCGCACCUGCCUGUUAAGGAGCUGUCCACGCGGGAGGUGCUUGAGAUCAUGGGCAAUUUCACGACGCUUAUCCGAUCCACGUUCCCGAACACGCCCGUGAUUCCCGCGCUGGGAAAUCACGAUUACUGGCCGCAGGACCAGGACCCGGUGGCGGGCAGCGAACUGUACGACCGCGUCGCCGACAUGUGGAGCGGCUGGCUCACGGAGGAGUCGCAGGCCUUGUUCAGGAAGGCCGGCUUCUACACGCAGCUGGUGCGCGGUGCGAGCAGCGCGGCGCUGCGCGUCGUCACCCUCAACACCAACCUGUACUACACGCCCAACCGCCAGACGCUGGGCCUGCCGGACCCCGGCGGCCAGCUGGCCUGGCUGCGCGAAGUCCUCUCGCUGGCGCGCCGACACCAGGAGAAGGUGUACGUUGUGGCUCACGUCCCUCCGGGAUACAAGCCCGAGUUGGGCCCCGGGACGUUCGUGCGGCCCGAGUACAACGCGCGCCUCGUGGCGGUGUUCAGCGAGUUUGCGGACGUGAUCGCCGCUCACCUCUACGGCCACCUGCAUACCGACUGCUUCAUGGUGCUGCAGAGCCCCGCAGGGGCGGCUCUGGGCAGCAUGUUUGUGUCUCCGGCCAUCACGCCCUGGCGCUCCAACAAUGGCUCGGUGGCCAUACCGCUCGCCAACAACCCCGGCUUCCGUUCCUACAACUACAGCCAGCGCGACCUGGCUAUUGAGGAGCUGUCUCAGUUCUACCUGAACCUCACGGAGGCCAACGAGCGCGGGAAGGCCUCCUGGGCCCUCGAGUACCGCAUGGCCGAGGCGUUCGGCCUGCCCGACCUGCGCCCCGGCAGCCUGCUGGCGCUCGGGCGCCUCAUGCUGUCGCGGGGCCCCUCCGCCGACGCCGCCUUCGCCCUGUACGCGCGCCACUUCCUCGUGAGCUUCACGGCGGACCGCUGGUGCCAGGGGCCGUGUCGGCUCCGGCUCGCGUGCGCCGCGCUGCACGUGGGGAGCGGCGGCUACGAGGCGUGCAUCGACCGCGCCGCGGCGCGCGACGACGCGCGGGGGUGGGCGGCGGACCGCGUCGGCGGCGGCGGCGAGGUCGGAGCGAGGAUGAGAGUUGGCGACGGGAUGGGCGGCGCCGGCCCGGCUCGCGCUCUCCUCGCGCGGCUCUGAGAGCCGCUCUCGCCGGGAGCGGCUCCGUGUGCGCCGCGCUGCCCGCGGGCGCUCUGCCGGAGUUCCCUGGCCGCCGGCACUCGCGUCCCGACUACGGAGCGAGCGAGCGAGCGGCCAAUUUGUUGUUGUUUGUUUGUUGUUUGUUUGGGGGUUUACGCUCACGGGUGCCCUGUAAAUUUAAUCUUGAUUUGAAGCUUUCGUGACUGGAGGGAUCCCUACUCUUUGGUUCUUUCGGUAAAGUCACGUAGGUAUAAAAUAAAAUAAAUUAAAUCACG